CUUCCAACCUAACCUCUACCCGUUUUCCCACUCGCCUCCCUCUUCUUCUCUCCCCUCCUCCACCUUUCCCCUCCCCUCUGUCAUUAGCUGGUAUAAGAGCAUUGCAUCCCUCUCCACCUCUCUCACACACAUACAGUGUGUUUGCUGGGAAGGGGAUAGUCCAGGGGAAAAAAAGGAUUACAUUGUCUACCUGCCUGUGAAGGAAUUAUUUUCCUCUUUGGAAUUUCCAUAAAAGAGAUCUUAGAACAACAUCCUGAAGGCAGCUGUAGCCAAAUUCUUACCUAUCAUCAAAACCCAGUGACAUCCCUAUUACCACCUGAUCCGCAACAAAUUUUCCUGCUGUCAACAUCAUCGCUUGUCAGUAACAUCAACGGCGAACGCAUUUGACAACGUCCGCGGAGACCAUGAGCAGCAAUUACAUCGUCACUCUUUUAGGACCGGCCCCCUGGGGCUUCAGGCUGCAGGGAGGGAAGGACUUCAACAUGCCCCUCACCAUCUCCAGGCUGACAGAUGGUGGGAAGGCGGCAAAAGGCGGCAUCGGUAUUGGAGACAUGGUUCUGUCUAUUGACGGCAUCGCCACAGAGGGCAUGAACCACCUGGAGGCCCAGAACAAGAUCAAGAGCUGCACUGGCAACCUCAGCCUCACCCUGCAGAAGGCCUCCAGUGUUCCUAAACCACCUCCUGUGGCACCCAAGGAUGACAGAUCAGACAUCAUAAAACCAUUGGCCCUCACCCAUCCCCCUCCACCAUCCCAUCCCCACCCUCACUCCUCCAGCCCCUCCACCAUCCACUACAACAAGGCUCCCAGACCUUAUGGUGGCUGUGCAACUGAGAGUGAACACCCUCCUUCACAGUCCCCUUUCACUCCCUUCAUCCCAUCCCCGUCCUCUGCCUUCACUCCUGCCUCCUCCCACACCAGUCCUCCUCCAACUCCUGUUUCUUACCCAUCCUCUUCCUCCUCCUCCCCCCCUGUCCUCGUUGCACCCCAGCCUUCAGUGUAUAACACACCGAUAAACCUCUACUCCCCCGAGAACGCAUGUGAGGUGGCCAUGGGGCAGAGGCGGGGCCUUUUGGAGAGUCAGGGUGGAGCCUUGCCUUUGCAGUUUCAUGGUGGACCUCAACGUAUUUUGAAAAAACCCCCACCUCCAAGAGUUCCCAGGAAACACAUUGUGGACACAGACAUCCAAUUUUACCAUGUGCCCACUCAUGCCGAUGCCAGUAGGAAGCGCAUAAUGGAGGACACAGAGGACUGGCGCCCACGCGGUGGCACCACCCAGUCCAGAUCUUUCAGGAUCCUGGCUCAGAUCACGGGUACCGAGCGUGCUCCAGAUGAGGAAACUGACACAGCCAAGAACACAAAUGAGGAUGAAGAGGAGUCAGAACUCAACAGCCAUGAGUCUGCAGUUGUCAAGACCAUGACCAAAGGACCUGCUGCAACCCAGGGUCCCGGUUCACGGACUGGUUUGAUCACCCCAUCCUUCGGUAUGAAAGGUAAUGGAAAUGCCAGUGUCCCGAGGGGUCCUGUCCCAGCCCGACCUUUACCCCAACCCCACCCUAAAGAUGAGGACACCCUGGUGCAGAUGGCAGAACACAUCCCUGCUGGGACACGGGCGCCCAUGUGUGCCCACUGCAACAUGGUCAUCAGAGGGCCAUUUUUGGUAGCAAUGGGGAAAUCAUGGCAUAAGGAGGAGUUCAACUGUGCCCACUGCCGUACGUCCCUGGCAGAUAUAGGCUUUGUGGAAGAACAGGGAUCUGUCUACUGUGAACACUGCUAUGAAGAUUUCUUGGCUCCGACAUGCAGUCGCUGCCAGGCCAAGAUACUGGGGGAGGUGAUAAAUGCCCUCAAACAGUCAUGGCAUGUCUACUGCUUUCUGUGCGCUUGCUGUCAGCAGCCAAUCAGAAACAAAAUCUUCCAUCUGGAGGAUGGAGAACCAUACUGUGAACAAGACUUCUACAGUGUGUUUGGGACGGGCUGCCAUGGCUGUGAGUUCCCCAUUGAGGCUGGAGACAAGUUCCUGGAGGCCCUUGGUUACACCUGGCAUGACACCUGCUUCGUCUGCACUGUGUGUUGUACCACUCUGGAAGGCCAGACCUUCUUUUCCAAGAAAGACAAACCUCUUUGCAAGAAACAUGCUCACACACUGAAGAUAUGAAUCUUGGACUUUCCUCAAAAUAUUCUAGCCACACGUUCUCCCUUGGUGGAUGGGGUGGGAGAGCCUCUUAAUAGGUCAUGCAACAAUAAAACUCAAGCAACACUCAUACAAGCAGAGAGGUCAGAAAAAGGGAAACACUGUAAAAUGUAUGUAAAAGUGAAGUUUUUCUUGUCAGGGAACCCAGAUCCAUUACAAGACAUGAUCUACAGUACUCUUCUCAUGUGAUUUCUAAUAUGAGCAGCAACAUAUCUAGCAGUAAAAAUCAGUUUUUACCCAUUUUCACCAAAACUGACCUCUGAUUUUCAUCUAUUAUUUUUUCAUCCUUUUUUUUUUUAUAUACAUUAUUUGCUCAUUCAUAGAAAAGUAGAACAGUUUUACUGCCGAAUGGUGCAGUGUAUGUGUACUAGCACUAGUAAAACACAGUCAGAUAUUUAAUAAUACAUAGGAUUUUGUCAUCCCAGUCUUUAUUUCUUAAUCCAGACUUUAAUCUUGAGUUUCCCCAAAGCAUGUCAUCACAUUUUCCAUUGUCAGUCAGUCAGUGUACAAAGAAGCUUGGGUAACCUGUUAAAUCACGUUUAACGCUUGAUCUUUGCUUUAUCAGAAUCUGCAUUAAAAAAUGUCCAGACUUUUCUUCUGCAAGUUGUUUUGAUACACGUGAGCUGGAUGUCUAGGGUGAUGGUGAAACCUCUUGCCUUUGAUAAGUGCUUAGACGUAUUUGAACUUUUUUCUGUAUUUUUUUAAAUGAAUGUUAUGUAUUUUAUUUUUUAUUUGUCAUGUGAAACUUGUAACAUUGGCAAAAAUGUUCCGGUUUCAAAGCAAUAAGUAGCGUUUAUUAUAUACACCAUUGAGGCACUUGAGAAAGAGACGUGGACUUGAUUUAAUGGAGGACGGAAUUGGCUCUAAAUUUAAAUGAAUACACAUACAAAAUAGAUAAAUGUAUAACAAAAUAUGAAGCCCAUAUUAUGUAUAUCUAUGUAUUUCAACUUACCAUAAUAGACUGACAUCUUCACAAUUGCAUGUGAAUGCACAUGUUUUUAUUAGGCCAUAUAGUUUAAUGAAUAAUUUUCACAUUUUACCUCAUUUUAUUACAUAUGUGUAUGUAUGUAUUUUGAAUGUUUUAAUUAUCUCUGGUUGAUUCAGUCCUCCACAUGCUUCAUAAAAGUGAGUCCCUCUUUCUGUCGUGGUCUGGAGAAAAAUAAGGUCAAAUAUGGAUGAUAUAAUCUUUGUGUAGUAAACUGUAUAUUUUAAUUACUUUAUAGAGGUGAGAAAUGGCUGUUUGGGUAACUGGGUUUUUUUAUUUCAGGGAACUGAGCAGGGAAAGGAUGGGGCAGGGUAGUUUCACGUGACUGUCCACUAACCUUCCCAACAUGUUGUCUUGGAGAUAUUUACUUUUCAUUAUGGCUGAGGGAUACAUGUGUUCUAUUUUGUUUAGUUUUCAAACACCAGAACAAAUGGCAGCAAAACUCACUUAUAUUAUUUUCACAUAAAUAUCAUUAAAGAAAGCUGGGUUUUUACUGCAUGGGACGAAAGGGGGGAGAAGGCAGUGUGCAGCAGUGAUCAAACAUGUUUUUAACAAAAGCAUAAUUGUCACCCACAAAACUACAGUUGGAACUAUUAAAAUUGAUCUGAGUUGGGAACAUUUGUCUUGUUCCAGUGAAUGGCACAUCUGGGUGAGGGAGUGUGAUAUGCGUUAGCAUGUUAGAUGUAUUUCUACUCACAUACCCAACAAGUGCUGAACACCGCCGACACACAGUCCUAUCACAGUCUUACCCACCAGUCUCUUGCCUGUACUACUGGAACUGAC